UUGGUUUGGAAUGAAGGAACCUGGUCACAUGGGCCGUCCUCGUUCCGGCGCGGGGGUCGCGGAGUCCAAGAUGGCGGCAGAGCUAGUGGAAGCGAAGAACAUGGUGAUGAGUUUCCGGGUAUCUGAUCUUCAGAUGCUUCUGGGAUAUGUCGGACGCAGCAAAAGUGGCUUGAAGCAUGAGCUUGUCACGCGAGCUUUGCAAUUGGUGCAAUUUGAUUGUAGCCCUGAAGUCUUUAAAAAGAUAAAAGAGCUCUAUGAGACAAGAUAUUCAAAGAAGCCCAAUGAUUUAGUUCCCACAGCUGCAACUCAACUGCCACCAUCACAUCGAUCACAAGACUCUUUGCUCAUUCAUCCUACUUUUGACCAUGGGACAACUGCUUCUAGGACUGCUUCUUCCCUUUCGCAACACAAUAUGGACUACCAAUCUGUAUAUGCAAAACAUGUCAAUGGCAUAUCUCGGAUACCUCCCAAAUCGAUGAGCAAGCCUGAGGUGCGACUUGUCAAGCUACCUUUCUACGAUGUGGUUGAUGAGCUUUUAAAGCCAACAGAACUUGUUGCUCAGAACAGUGAAAAACUUCAAGACAGCCCAUGCGUAUUUGUCCUUUCGCCAAGACAAGUCGACUUGAUAAAGAAUUCAAGAGAUUUACACCCUGGCACUAAAUCUGUUCAAGUGGUUCUGAGGAUCUGUUAUACAGACACCAGCUGCCCACAGGAGGAUCAGUACCCACCUAACAUUGCUGUAAAGGUUAAUCACAACUACUGUUCUGUUCCGGGCUACUAUCCCUCCAAUAAACCUGGUGUUGAACCCAAACGACCAUGCAGACCCAUAAAUCUCACUAAUCUUAUGUAUCUGUCUUCAGCUAGCAAUCGAGUGACAGUAACUUGGGGAAAUUAUGGCAAGAGUUACUCUGUGGGCUUGUACCUGGUAAGGCAAAGAACCUCAUCUGAACUUCUACAGAGGCUGAAAACCAUUGGGGUGAAGCAUCCAGAACUGUGCAAGACCCUGGUGAGAGAAAAACUGUGUUUGGAUCCUGACAGUGAAAUUGCCACUACGGGAGUCAGAGUGUCUCUUAUUUGCCCGCUUGUCAAGAUGCGCCUGACUGUACCCUGUCGAGCAGAGACCUGUGCUCACCUCCAGUGCUUUGAUGCAGUCUUCUACUUGCAAAUGAAUGAAAAGAAACCAACAUGGACUUGCCCAGUGUGUGAUAAGCCAGCUCAGUAUGAUCAGCUUAUAAUAGAUGGUCUGUUGUCCAAAAUCCUUAGUGAAUGUAAGGAUGCAGAUGAGAUAGAGUUUUUGGUCGAUGGUUCUUGGCGCCCAAUAAAGGCAGAAAAAGAGAGGAGCUGCAGUCCGGUCUGUCCUCUUCUUGAAAUAGGAUCUCCUGAAAUGGCAGCAAAGAUACCCCCUCCCAGCAGCACUGUGUCAACUGAGAAUGGUAAACCUGGCCCAGAUGUAGUGGACCUGACAUUGGACAGUAGUUCAUCUUCAUCUUCAUCCUCUGAUGAAGAUGAUGAAGAGGAGGAGGAAGAACGCCCACCACAUAAAAGACGCUGCUAUGAAAAGGGGCUUUUAUCAGCUUGUUGACCCUCCCUGCUUUCAAAUCAUAUAAACUUGGACUUUUUAGUUUCAGACAGACGCAGCUAAAGAGCUGUGUUCCCUCUUCCUACCAAGACCUAUAUGCAUCACUGCUUUGGCAAAGUCCCUUCCACUGUUCAACUUCAAAAGCAUAAAAGAUCAUAUUCAGCUGGUAAAAGACUCCCUGUUUUAA